CAAACAUUCAAUCAUUAAUUCAUCGGCAGCAAUCACGUGAAUUUACUGUAAAUGGCCAUAGUCCGAAAAUUUUCUCCAAUCAAUUUGGACGUCGUAAUCAGCUAGUUUUGGCUGGGAGCUUUAACAAACUUUCCAAAAUUUAGUAGCGCGGCUCUAGCUGCGUAGUGAACAUAUUAUUUAUUAUUAUUAAUUAUUAUAAUGCUGGGUCCAAAAGUUGUAAGGCCUGCAGGUCUCCUGUCUUUUAAUGGUGUUGGAUUUUUUAAAAUUCCCGGACAAGUAGCAGCUCUGCGUCCUACUGCAAGAUCAGCGUCCACAAGCCCUGGAUUAUGGCUUCCCAAAACUACACAGGCCAAUUUGGACUCAAAGAAACCAUUAAUAUUGCAAGACAGAAAAAACACAACUUUCACUGAUAGGAGUCAGCUGAAAUACGCCAGGAGAUUGGUAGUGAAAUUAGGAAGUGCUGUGAUAACUCGUGAAGAUGAACAUGGACUUGCUCUUGGCAGAUUGGCUUCUAUUGUAGAACAGGUUGCAGAAUGUCAUAACGAAGGAAGAAACUGUAUUAUGGUGACCAGCGGUGCAGUAGCUUUUGGUAAACAAAAACUAACACAGGAAUUACUUAUGUCCCUUUCAAUGAGAGAGACCCUAUCUCCAACUGAUCACACCAGAGAAGAAAUCCCGACCCUUUUGGAACCCAGAGCGGCUGCUGCUGUAGGUCAAUCCGGUCUCAUGUCUUUGUACGACGCCAUGUUUUCUCAAUACGGCGUCAAAAUUGCUCAAGUUCUCGUAACUAAACCCGAUUUUUAUAACGAGGAAACUCGUCGUAAUUUAAUCAGUACCUUAUCGGAACUUAUCAAUCUUAACAUUGUACCAAUCAUCAAUACCAACGAUGCUGUAUCACCACCACCACAAGUGGACGAACCAAUUGGAGGCAAAGCAGGCAAGAAGGGAAUUAGUAUUAAGGAUAAUGACAGUUUGGCCGCCAUGUUGGCUGCUGAAGUCCAAUCGGACUUAUUGAUUCUGAUGUCUGAUGUCGAUGGUAUUUACACUAAACCACCAUGGGAACAAGGAGCACGUUUCAUACACACUUUCACAUCCGAUUUGAGACACACCAUCGAAUAUGGUAAAAAAUCAAAGGUUGGAACUGGAGGUAUGGACAGUAAAGUAAAUGCUGCCACAUGGGCUUUGGAUAGAGGUGUAUCGGUUGUCAUCUGCAACGGUAUGCAAGAUAACGCAAUCAAAACUAUUUUAUCUGGUCGCAAAGUAGGAACCUUCUUUACUGACUCCAGCACCGGAGGAGCUGUACCAACUGAAGUUGUUGCCGAAAAUGCAAGAUCAGGUGGACGUAUCCUUCAAACCCUCAGUCCAGAGCAAAGAGCUUCAUGCGUCCACACUUUAGCCGAUCUCUUGAUUUCUAAACAAGCUGAAAUUCUUGACGCAAACCAAAAAGAUUUGGCUGAAGCCACCAAGUCCGGUUUAGCUAAACCUCUUCUUUCCAGAUUAUCUCUUACCCCAGCAAAGUUAAAGAAUCUUGCUAUCGGCUUAAAUCAAAUUGCUGACUCCAGUCACAGUAACGUAGGAAGAGUUUUGAGAAGAACUAAAUUGGCUGAAAAUUUGGAGUUAACACAAAUCACAGUACCAAUUGGAGUUUUGUUGGUUAUUUUUGAAUCAAGACCUGACUCCCUUCCACAAGUAGCAGCUUUGGCCAUUGCUUCAGGUAAUGGACUUUUGCUCAAAGGAGGCAAAGAAGCUGCUCACAGCAACAGAGCUCUUAUGGACUUGGUUAAGGAAGCUUUGGCCACUGUUGGUGCCACCAACGCUAUUUCUUUGGUCUCCACGAGAGAAGAAAUUGGAGACCUUCUUUCAAUGGAACAACACAUCGAUCUCAUUAUCCCACGUGGGUCCAGCGAUUUAGUACGCAGCAUCCAAUCUCAAUCUCAACACAUUCCUGUCAUGGGACACGCUGAAGGCAUUUGCCACGUUUAUGUCGAUAAGGAAGCCGAUCUUCAAAAGGCUUUGAAAAUCAUCAGGGAUUCUAAAUGCGACUACCCUGCCGCUUGUAACGCUAUGGAAACGUUGUUGAUCCAUGAAGAUUUAAUGAACGGAGAGUUCUUCUCUGAAGUAUGUAGUAUGUUGAAAAAAGAAGGCGUUACGAUUAAUGCUGGACCAAUAUUAAACCAAAUGCUGACCUUUGGACCCCCGCUCGCCAAAACCAUGAAGCACGAAUUUGGAGCUUUGGAAUGCUCCAUUGAAGUUGUUAAGAAUAUGGAUGCGGCUAUCGAUCAUAUUCACGCUUAUGGAAGUGGACACACUGAUGUUAUUGUCACAGAAAAUCGUGAACAUGCAACCAACUUUCAACGUAAAGUCGACAGUGCCUGCGUGUUCCACAACGCAAGUUCCCGUUUUGCCGACGGUUUCAGAUUUGGUCUUGGAGCUGAAGUUGGUAUCAGUACCGCCAGAAUACACGCUAGAGGACCAGUAGGUGUCGAGGGUCUAUUGACCACCAAAUGGGUUCUUAAUGGUACCGACCAUGCCGCCGCCGAUUUUGCCGAUGGUGGCGACCGCACCUGGCUCCACGAAUCUUUGCCAAUCAAUUAGAAUUAGAUAAAUAAAUUUUAUAUUUUUGUUCCUUAGAGUUAACAGUGUACAUUUGUAUAUAAUGUUAAAGUUUUAUUAAGUUAAGGUUUUUAUAUAAGUAUUUAUACUAAAAUUUUUAUUUAAAACGAG